AGUCGCCAUUUUGUCAUUGCAAGUUGCAACGUAAAGAUUUAGCCGUAACUAACCAUGAGUGGAUGUCGUGUCUUCAUUGGCCGUCUGAGCCCCCACGCCCGUGAAAGAGACGUGGAGAAGUUUUUUAAGGGCUACGGUCGUAUACGAGAGAUCAACCUGAAGAAUGGAUUUGGAUUUGUGGAGUUUGACGACCACAGAGAUGCCGAUGACGCAGUAUACGAGUUGAAUGGCAAAGAGCUGUGCAGUGAGAGGGUGACUAUUGAGCAUGCUCGCUCGCGCAGAGGAAGAGGAGGUGGUCCAGGAGCGGGAGGCCGUUUUUCUCCGCGCUUUGCAGGCUACCGCCAGUCUCGUAGUGGUGGUUCGAGGUAUGGCCCACCUGUGCGAACUGAACACAGAAUCAUCGUGGAGAAUCUGUCUUCCCGUAUAAGCUGGCAGGACCUAAAGGACUUGAUGAGAAAGGUCGGGGAGGUGACGUUUGUGGAUGCCCACAGAACCAACAAGAACGAGGGGGUGGUGGAAUUUGCCUCUCACAGUGACAUGAAGAAUGCCAUCGAUAAACUGAAUGGCACGGACCUGAACGGACGCAAGCUGAAACUCUUUGAGGAUCGCAAGAGGAAUCGCAGCAGGAGCCGCUCCCGCAGUUACUCUCGGUCACGAUCCCGCUCCAAGUCUCAGAGCCGCAGCCGCAGCAGGAACCGUUCCAGGAGCCGCUCCCGCUCGGCCAGCCGCACCCCAGAGAAGAAAUCCUCGGGCGGUCGCGCUGCACCCGCCCGCUCCCCAUCUCGUUCUCGCUCCCGAUCUCGCUCUCAGUCCCCCAUCGCCCAGAAGAAGCAGUCCCGCUCUCGCUCGGCCUCAGUAGAGAGUCAGCACUGAGGGUGUCAUGAGGUGGUUUGUUUUGUGAGUGAGCGGUGUGUCAGCUGUAUGGUUGAAUGUGAGCCUGUGUAUGAGUGAACUGAUGUAUGAGUGGUGUAGUGCUGCAGACCUACAGUACGUACAGUUCCCAUUUCUCUUUUUCUAAUUAUUGGGACAAAGCUAAAUGUAGACUGGUAAUAAAUUUUUUUUUUUUUUUUUU